UUUGUGGACUGCUAAUAAAAAACUUGCAUCUGAUUCUAGUAUUUCCCAGUGCGGUUAGCCAUGAUGCACAAAGUUAUACGUUGUUGAAAUACUAGCAAUCAAGUAUGUUCUGUUCAUGAUAUGACGAUGACAAGUUGGCAAGCUAAUAACAGCAUAGCUACGAGAACGACUGCAUUGCUAACUAGUUAGCAUAGCCAAUUAGCUCACAUUAGCCAUUGCCUUCGCAAAAUAGCAAAAGGUAGCCAGAUGUUUCCCCAUUAGAUGAAGUUUGCCAGUAAGCUAAGUGAGUGGCUGUAUAGCCAUUUGCGUGAAAUCAAUGAUUUAGUAGCUGACCAGUUAAUUGUUCAUUGCAAGAUAUAGCUGACUAGUUUGUACUAUAUAGUAGGGUAGCUGAAUAGCUAGCUAAAUUAUAUCAUUGCAGUAAAACAAUGGACUUGGACCGACAGAAGCGGAGGGAAGAGAUUCAAAAAGCCAUGGGUUUCAUACAGUCGUCCUUGCCUUAUCCAGAGCCUGAAGGCUACGAGGCCUUUCUGACGCAGCUGGUUUGUAACCUGCUGGACGAGGGGAACACGGUCUUUCGGGAGGGGGACUGGAGGCAGGCGGCCACGCAUUACAGCGAGGGGGUGAGCGUGGCACUCUACGCCCAGAGUGAGGCGCUGGUCGUCCCCGCGGAGCUGCUGGAGAGCCUGUAUGUGAACCGGGCAGCCGCACACCACAGCCUCAGGGAGUACGAGCGGGGCGUGCGGGACUGCGACAGCGCGCUGGCCGUGCGUGAGGGCAGCCGCAGGGCCCUGUACAGGAAGGCGGUGUGCCUGCGGGAGCUGGGCCGCCUGAGGGAGGCGUACGAAUGCAGCACCAGCUGCCUGCUCACCGCGCCGGACGACCAGGUGAGUGAGCUGGCGCAGGAGCUGGCCAGUAAACUGGGCCUAAAGAUCCGGAAAGCCUACAUCAGUCCCCAGUUGGAAUCUGGAACAGCAGGGGGAGAAAGUAAUGAAGACACGGCUCCCCCUACAGGAGAGAUGUCUGCCAAUGGUCUGGAAUCUUUGAGUGACAUUACAUCAGCCGGGUUAUCCACCGCGCAGUGUAUCCCAGCACCCCUGGCCACUCCCAUCCCCGUCAGCGAUGACCCCUCGUCCCCCUCCAAGGGCCUCCCCGAGAGCCCCGCCCACGGGCCCCCGCGCGUGCCCUUCUCCGUGCCCGUGUCGGAGCACAUGGGCGAGUGCGAGGUGAUCGACGCCGAGCUGGACAGCCUGCUGGACUGCAUCCCCAAGGGGUCCGAGAGCAGCGUGAACCCAGUUCAAGGCGCCAUCCCCACCAACCUCCCGAACCAAGGUGUGGGUCUCCGCCCCCCGUACCCCUCCAGCCUGCCUGCCCCGUCGCCACAGUUACCCCCGGCCUUCUUCAGCUCUGCCGUCAGCCAGCUCAACUCCCUGGACACCUUCCAGGGCCUGGGCUCGGGCGACACCCCCACACAGGCGCUGGACGCCCUGGACGCCCUGGACGCCCUGGACUCGUUCUCCCCCGGAGCGGCUGCAGUGGGCAGUGCAGUGGCCGGGGGAGGGGGGCUGGACUCCCUGUCAGAAUUCACCUUGCCCGGUGGAAGAAUUUCUCAUAGUUUCAUUCCUGGCCUGCGCAGUGCUGGAUCCUCUCACUCUAAUGGCCCUGUCAGCUCCCACCUCUCCCUGCUCUCUCGGAACCCCCUGGCUGCCACCCACGAGUUCAGGCAGGCCUGCCCUGCCUGCUACAGUCGCAUAGGCCCGCGGGUCAUGGACUACCAGUACCAGCCCGAGGCAGCGCAUCGCUGCAAACGGGACAUCCUGCUGUGCCGGCUCAAGGACGGGGACGACCCCACCUGGAAGAGGGUGCGGCCCCGCCCCGCCCGGAACAACUUCCUGGGAGCUUUCGUGCUCUGCAAGGAGGUGCAGGAGCGGCAGGAGUGUAAGUACGGGGAGAACUGCACCUUCGCGUACUGCCAGGAGGAGAUCGACGUGUGGACGCAGGAGCGCAAGGGCGCGCUGAGCCGCGAGCUGCUGUUCGACCCGCUGGGCAGCACCGAGAGACGGGCGCUCAGCGUCACCCGCCUGCUGCAGCUGCACAUGGGCAUGUUCAUGUUCCUCUGUGAGGAGUGUUAUGACAGUAAGCCCCGCAUCAUCAGUAAGCGCAGUAAGGAGAACCUGGCUGUCUGCUCCAACCUCACCGCCCGCCAUCCCUUCGACGACAAUAAGUGCCUGGUGCACGUUGUGCGUUCGGCCAACGUGCGCUACAGCAAGGUGCGGCCGCUGCACCCGCUGUGCCAGUUUGACGUGUGCCGGCACGAGGUGCGCUACGGCUGCCAGCGGGAGGACAGCUGCUCCUUCGCCCACUCCGUCAUCGAGCUCAAGUGCUGGGUGCUGCAGCAGGACACUGGCAUCACCCACGAGGAGAUCGUGCAGGAGUCCAAGCGCCACUGGCACCGGCUGGAACAGAACGUCCAGCGGCCGAAGCCUAUGCAUGUGCCGCCCCUGAAUAACAUGGGAGGUGGGGGUGACGGGGGCAGCGGCGGCGGAGGAGGAGGAGGAGGAGGAAGAGCGCGGGGCCUGAACCUGAAGAUGAAGUUUGUGUGUGGGCAGUGCUGGCGGGACGGGUUGGUGAGCGAGCCGGACAAAGCCCUCAAGUACUGCACCGCCAAGGCCCGGCACAGCUGGACGAAGGAGAGGCGGGUGCUGCUGGUGAAGUCGUUUGAGAAGAAGAAGUGGGUGGUGGUUCGUCCGCUGCCCUUCUCCAGGAGCUACCCCCAGCAGUACGACAUGUGCGUCCACGUGAUGAAACAGAAGAAGUGCCACUAUAUUGGGAACUGUUCCUUCGCCCACAGCCUGGAGGAGAGAGACGUGUGGACCUACAUGAAGAAUAACAACCUGCGAGACAUGCAGCAAAUGUAUGACAUGUGGCUGACACUGACCAAUCAGAAUCGCAGACCAGAUGGCACCCUUCUUAGCCCGCCCCCUGAGGAGAAACAAAUCGCCAUGCCGACCGACUAUGCAGAGCCUAUGAGCGGGUUCCACUGCCGGCUGUGUGGGAAGCACAGUAACAGCGAGCGGCAGUGGCAGCAGCACAUCUCCUCAGAGAAGCACAAGGACAGGGUGUUCAGCUGCGAGGGGGAGGAGGAAGGGCUGGCCUGGAGGUACCGCUUUCCUGGACACCGCUUCACGCUCUGCCCAAGACUGGAGAGCGGCUGUCCGGAGGGCGUGAGCUGUGAUUACGCCCACAGUGAGGAGGAGCUUGUGGAGUGGCAGGAGAGGCGGGACUUCCUGCGGCGGAAGCUGGCCAAGGCCCGCGACGACAUGCUGAUCGCCCCCAAUGACUUUGACUUCGGGAAGUACAACUUCCUCCUGCAGGACUGAGCCACGUCCAGACAGACAGAGGGACACACAGACAGAAAUCCAUGCACGCACACAUCCACACAUACACUGAUGUCCACUUUGACACAGAACAGCUACAAAAUAUCCUUUGAGAUAAAGCUACAAUAUUCACAACAAUAAAUGGCUGACCCUGUAGUUGAGAAGCCCUUUGUACACUAGUGCAUACGCUGAAGUUUGUACUUUCAGCUCCGGUUCAGACUUUGGCUCCCAGCCUUCGUCUGUACGCAACAUGGUUUAGAUCCACACAACUCAAAGACAGACUGAAUUCUCAAGGCCACAGUGGUUCACACGCAGGGAAUCUCACACAUCGGGGCACAUGGCAUUCCUUCCAUAUGUGUGCCCCAAAAUCUCCCCCACACCCCCUCGCCCCCCCAGUGUAUUUUGGUCUUACGGAGUCCUGUCCCAGCACUUCCACUGGGGUGUGGGGGGGGGGGAGGGGGCUGAACGCUGAGACUCAGGAAAGAAUGAAGACUGCUGACCUCCACACGACCACGCCCCUUUCUGAUUUCAGCCUGUAUGCUCCCUCCCCUAGGGACUCUGCCAUUCCGAUAGAGGGAGAGUAACGGGCAUUGAUAUGUGCACUGGAGAAAAAGAACAUUUAGAACUGACCGACAGACCCCCCCCCCCUUGCCCCCCGAGUGUUGACAUAGAUCAUGACUGUUGAGUGAUGGCAUGACUUCUGGCUCAUACACUGUACAUGCACACGUGCACAAACGCACACCGGCAGUAUACCGCACACGUGCCUGAUUUCCAUAAUCUUUAAGGGGGGGGGGGGGGUUGUGUGGCCCGCCUGGGGUUGUUACAAAAUAGUCUUAAUCGGUGCGGUAUGUAUCUGCGUGUGUGCGCGUGUUGUGUGUGAGAUUGUGUGUGUGCGUGAUAGAGAGGGAAUGUAUAUUUGAGAGUGUGAGUGAGAUGGAGAUGGAGAGAGAGCUGUAUUGUGCUCACCCUAUACAGAUAAGAAAGCUGGCCCUGGUUAAAAUGGCAAUGGUGUAAUUGCUUAUGGGUAAUGUAGUGCAUUGCAGGAGGUCUGAAAAGUGUAAACACAGCACUGAAUGUCCUGUGGUAUGAUGGAUGUUCAUUUUCAAAAGUAGUCUGGAAGAGGGGUUGAAUGAGCAGGGAGGGUGGAGACAAAGUGGUUAUUACUUUGUAAUUAUGAAGGUUGCUUUUAAAAAAAAAAAAAAUACACACUUAGUGGUAGAGCUGGAAAUCUCCAUUUCAUUAAAAAUUAAAGGGGCUCCACCUCACUGGAAAGUGGGAGGGGUCACAUUCAGGUGGUUGCCAGUUUUGGCAUAGGCCAGUCAGUUCACAGGAGUGAUGGAGAGAGGUUUACAGCUGAGCCUGUGAACGUUGUCUCUUGUGGCAUUACUAAAGGGAAAACCAAACGCAGGGGAGGUUGAACCUGGCAGAAGACGUGGUGGUGCCUAUGUGUGCACAUUUAUAAAAUAAUGAUUUUCAAUACCCUGCUUAGCAAGUCUUACUGAAAAGCCACAGUGGACACUAUCUAUAAAUGUAUGUCAUUAUAUACUCGUAUACAUACACACAUAUAUAAAUAUUAAAGAGAAUCGAUAUACUAAUAAUAACUUAGCCGUUAAGCUUAAUUAAAACAUAACCUAAUCUUGUAUUGAUUACAUAGUACCCCUUGUUAUUGAGACAUACUCUAUGCUAUAUUAACUAUCGCUAGAUGAUUAGAGAUUCUUGCUUUUGUGAGGGUCAUUCCAGAAGUGUUGGGUGUGGAACGUUUCCUGAGCGCAGUUUGUGAAGGCGCUCCUUGGUUGGGUUGUAGAAACAGUGGCUGAAGGGUAAUGUAGUCCCAGAGAACGCAUCACACUUGUUUUUCGCAGUACGAAUACUCAUGAUCCGUGCCAUUGGCAGGAUGUGCUGUUAUCUUGUAAUUCAGAGAAGACGUGCGUUUGAACAGGAGCAGAGGCGGUGCUUCACGGACACACUUGCAGUCUGUUGGGCUUUCGGCUUUUACUCUGCUAUUGGGUGAUACAUAGCAAAAACUUAGCAUAGCAUAAAACUUUUUAAAUGGCACCAAGGGUUCUCUUGUGGUGCGGGGGGGUGGUGGGGGGAUACUUAAAUGCACAGACUGUAUUUGGUUGGAUUUGCCAGUCUGAUUUUGCACAGUGAACUCCCUUGUUUGUGCUCUGUUUGUCAUGAAACAUUGGGGGGGGGGGGGGUGAUCCAAAAAAUGAAACUCCUUUUAAAGCUCCGUUCCAGUGCAUGGAUGGGCCCUCCAUUUUACUAUCAAAUCCAGACAAUGCCAGUGCCGACUGUGGAUGGAAGCCCCACAGGGCAAUGCAUAAACGUUUCGGCCUGCCCGAUUGAAGAUGUUUCAUUGCAUACUGGUGCAGUGACUUCUAGACCGCAGUGUGAAAUUAAGCAGAGUAAAAUAAUGACAGCACAGUAAAACAAGUUUUUCAAUUAACUACCUAUGGUGUCCAUUGAAAAGUAUGCACAUUCUGCCCAUGGUAUAUCAGCCCGGUCAAAACUACAGCGUCAUAUACUCGUAUCAGUGUCAGGUUAUUUACAGUGUUUAUUUUUCCUUCAAUAAUCAGAGUGUAUAAUUGGUUGUAGAGGUGCCAUAACUGGUGUAAUUGGAGCAGUAUGGGUGUGAGAGCUUUGUACUCUGUUAUAAGACCUGGGAGCAGAUUAUUGCACUGCUGCUCUGAGAUGCGAAAGUAAUUUCAAACCUGUCCCGUUUCCCCAUUGAGUGAUGUCACAAAGCCUAGUUAUGACUGUGUCGGACUGUGAUUGAGAGAGAGCUGGACCCAACCUGGAAUGACCCAGUUGUUUGCAUUGUUGAGGGAUAUUAUUACUAUUAUUACAAUGAUGACGAUGAUUCAGUUACCACCAUUUUUGGUUCUUCUUAUAUACUAUUGAUAUGUAUACAUUAAUAACUUUCUCUUUAUACGUGUAUCCAAGUAUGAAUAUGUAUUGAUCGUAUUCUAUGGUAUAUAGAUGUCUAUGUAUGCGCACAAGUCCUAGCAGAGAGGAACAAUCCGGUGUGGAGCUCUGCACAUGUAUCAGAAUGGCCUUUUCACUAGCGUGCGCACACGCGCACACGUGCGCACACAGGCAGGCAGACAGACACCCUAAAACACCUGGCUGCGCAGAUGUCGUUCAGGCCAUUCGCUCAUUCCAGGCCCUUCAGCGUCUUCGCGGUUGUCCUUGCGCGAUUUAUUUGGGGACCACAAGAGUUCUUGACGUGCUUCUACCUCUGGAUUCCUUCUUAGCUUUUCGUUGAUUUCAGCUCUGGCUUUGCACUCCUCUUAAUCUGGCGCACGUUGCGCAUCGCUUUCAGUGGGGAUAUUCUGUUGAAUCCUUUCGUAAACAUCUUAAGGAACGCUAAGAGCCAUCUCUCUUCUCUGCUUUUUAAAAAAUAUUUCACCAGCAUCAGAGUGGCCUGGACGGCACUGAAUGUCCAUUCCAGUUUAAAUUCAUCCCACGCCGGAAAGCAUGAGUACAGGAGUGCUGAGGAGCAGGGUCUGCAGUGUCUGUCUGUCUGUCUGUCUGUCAGUCCGUCCAUCUGUUACAGUGAUAACGUUCCCACCCUCCAGAAACAUGGACUUUAUACUGAUUGCACACUGGACUUGAAUCAGCUAUUGUGUGACAGAGCUCAAAGCAUACAUGGACAUUUAUGAACAACUGCUGCAUAGCGCCUUACAAAUUUAUAUAAAUAUAUAUUAAAUAUAUAAACAGUCCUCCUUUCUCAAUAUAUAAUAAAAAAAUAUACUUAGACACUUAUAGGUACAUAGAUGGCGAGGUGACAUAAUGUGUUGGUUUUAAAUUAACAUUGUUUGCAGAUGUUGCUGUCUGAAUUGAUUGAUCAUGUGAUCAUAAAAGAUGUAUUAUCCAAAUAAUGCAUAUGUAGGCCUUAUGCUAAAUAUCCUGUCAUUUUUGGAUGGUACAUCAGUGUAAUGGAUUGGUGUCAGCGGCACAGGUGUUGACUGUCUACUGAAAACUCGUUCAGUGGAAAAGAAAAUUGCAAUUUGUGAAUGGCAAAAAUAUUUACAAUAAAACAAGGCAUUCCAAAGAAAUGGGCUCACUUAAACAUCCCAAAUUUUUUGCUUAAUUUUUUUUUUUGCAAGUGAUGUAUCAGAUUGUCGCUGGCGAAUGGCUUCACUCUGCAUUCUCUGCUCUCUGGCACUAGCCCAGGGUGAAGUAUUUGUGUUUAAUCAGCUUUCCAGCGCCUGUGCUGAACCUGUGUCUGUUCUCAUUGGAGGCUGUGCUUUCUUUCAUCUCCCAGUGUUAAGUAUUCAGCCUGUAUGCCGCAUACAUCUGCAAACAAGCGUAUUCUUAAGCCAGAGUGUCAAGCCUGCUUUUCUGAAGCAGAGUUGAUGUUUUUCAACCAACACACUUCAAUGUCGCCUUUAUAAUUCCUAGUUAUACAGGUGUACUACUCUCCCUAUAAAACUAUAGGUGUGAGCUGACAUACACGUGGAAUAAUGCUGAGUAUAGAUGUUUGCGUUAUCAUUGAUUUAUGAUAACUUGGAUAGUGGGUAUGGGCCAGAGAUUUAAAAAAUGAAAAGAAAAAUGUUUUUCGUUUUGUUUGUUUUGGUUUUUUUUUUUUUUGUAUUUUUCUUCUCCUUUUUUGCUUUCUGGUUGGAAUUGAAAGAUGAAAAACAAUGGACCAAAUCUUAUAUGGAAAAAGUUUAACAAUAAACAGAUUGUUUAAAAAGAAAA